UACACUUAAAUAAUGCAUCUUUAAAAACAAUCAAACUCAACUUUGUGUCAUAAUCAGGCACCGAUAACAAGAUAUUGAUAUUGUGCAUCGCUAUGAUGUUGACGCUGCUGUUUUGUUAAUUUAAAGUGAAGUUAGAAGUAAUACUAAGUCUUGUCUGCUAGUUCAGACAUUUGUCUGUCAAGAUGUGAUGGAGGGGUUCAAGGAAAGAAGAAACUCUAAAACUCUUGGAAGUUUUUCGAUGUCAAAAGGUUCUCCAGUGGAGCCCUGGCACAGUACUCCUGUAAAAAAGAAUCUUUUUGCUGCUAAUGAGGCGCCAGAUGUUUCCUCCACCAAACUCAGAGAUGAAAACAGAACAAGGCCUGCAAGACUGAGUCUACACGACCUCUCAAAACCAAUGUCCUCUUUCUCAUUAACACAGGAUUUCCAGAUCCCAGUUAAUGGAUUGGAGGUCUCCACUAUUCAGAGGCAGCGUCUGGAGCUGCAGCUUCUCAUAGCAGAACUGAAGGACCGUGACCAGGAGCUCAACACUAUGGCAGCAGCCCAUCACAAGCAGCUGCUCUCCUGGGAGCAGGACCGUCAGAGAGUGCUGAUCCUGGAACAGAGAUGUGCCCGACUGGAGGAUGAGCUGGAGAAGCGUAACGAGGUGAUCAGAGCGCUCAGUAAGCGGACGAAGGUGGCAGAAAUGAGUGAGAAAGACUUAUACAGAGAGCUCAACAGCUCCCAACAGCAGCUACACGAGCUGAGCUGCACACAGAUGAACACCACCAGACACGAGCAGGACUUGGAGGAGCGGAACCAGAGUCUGAACUCCACGGUCAUGAGGCUGUCAUCACAGGUGGGGCAGCUGCAGGUGCGCGAGGAGGAGCUCAGCUCCAUGCUUAAACUGAAGGAUAAAGAUAUGAUUGAGGCCACCAAUCACAUUUUAGAGCUGUCUGGUCGUCUUUGCGAACUAGAGAAAUCGCUCGAAGAGCUGCGGACACGUGAGAGCAAAACGCUGCGAGAAAUGGAGGAACACAAACACCGUUUCAGAGAGAGCAGACACAAAAACGCACAACUGAAAGCCGAGCUUCAGGAGAAAACCAUCGAGAACAACAGCCAGAGAGAAGAGCUCAUCUGCUUAAAGCAGGAAAACCAGCUGUUGAAGAAAGACAUCACUUCUGUUGAGCUUCAGAUGAUGAAUGAAGAUAAAAGCUGGAGGGAUGAAUUACUUGAACUCUCCCGAUCAAAACAAGCUCGAGUGGAAUCUGAGCUGCUCUGUCUGCGGCAGGUGUGUGAAAGCCAACAGAAUGACCUUCAGCUGCUGAAGUUGAACUUGGAGAGCGCCAGAGAGACACUCCGACAUCAUGAGGGUCAAAGGUCACAUGAGAGCGCAGCAGAUCUGAGCCUUCUUCAUCUGGAUUGCCCCUCCCCCUGUCACAGAAGUAGGCGGAGCUCUGUCUGUUUACCCGAUUCUACGCUAAGCAUUGAACUCUGUGCCAAUGAUGUAGCUCGCCAUGGCAAUGAGGAGGGCUACAGCUCGUCCACAACACGGUUACAGCGUCUGCUGGCUGAGUCUCAGGAAAUGGUGGCAAGUUUGGAAAGUUCUACCAAGAACUCUGUCAGCCCAACGAAACCUCAGAGCCCAAUGAACUGCGAUGCCAUUUGUCACCUCCAAAGUAACCAUGGCAACCGCAGCCACUCCCAAACCUCCACCCAAACACAUGGGGAAAGUGACUCCCAGAUCGAAAGCAGCCCACGUUUGCAUCAAGGAAGCAAGUAAUGUGGUCCAUAAAGCCACGAGAAGCAGCGAAUCCCCGUUUACUUCCAUCUUCUCUACAGCUUCUGAAAAUAAAUCAGUUCUUUGCAACCAAAGAGGAGUUUUGUGAAGCUAACAAGUAGUUUUUACAGAUGCUAUAGUUUUAAAUUUGUAUCCAAAUCUGUUUAUGAUAUGUGUAUAAAAAUAAGCAUUAAUGAUUAAUGCUACAGAAGCACUACCUCUGAACAAUGUUAAGACUGUCGUUAUUUAUAAACCACUUUCUUCAAGUGUUAAACCUGUCAUACAAGAUGACACAAUGGUGCUGGUUGUUUUUUUGUCAUUCCAGUUUCACUGUCAUCGAACCUGUUUGGUUUCAAAGAUAACGAACUGUGAUGUGGCUCUUGUCCUGAUCAUUGUUUUACACCUGAAAUGCAGUCUUGUUCUCACAAUAAGGACAAGGAGCCACAGGCCUUUUCAAAAGCCACUGAUAUUUGCCUAAUCUCAGGACAUUUGAAAGAACAAUAAAGGUCUUUACAUG